AUGAAGGUCUCGGCAAGGUAUCUGGGACGCUGUGGCAGUGGUCUGCUCGUGGGCAGUAGUCGGCGUGAGGCGCACGGAAGUUUAUCAAGCAGUCCCGGGGGGUGGUAUCAGCGCGUGUCUACGCAAGCAACCAACAUCAGCCAACCGUCGCAAUCCCACGGUGGCGCCAGUAGAAGUGUUCGUUUGCGCGAGCGCUGUCAAGUGAACUGUCAAAAAAAUACUGGCGCCUCGCCGUCAUUUCACAGAGGCACGCUGUGGCACCAGUGUUGGACAACAAUCGCGUCGAGACGGUUCUAUUCGCGCUACUCAGCCAAUCGCAUCAUGACCGGCGCGGACACUUUCAGCUUUGCGGACUACGACUGCGUCGGGUUCGAUCUGGACAACACACUGCUGCGCUACCAGAUUGGCCAGAUGAUCGAGCUGGAGUACAGUACCGUUUCGCGGUUUCUAGUCGAGCAGCGUGGCUACUCCGGUCGGCACCUGUUGCAACCCCUCGACAAGGACUUUCUGCAGCGUGGUCUGAUCAUUGAUUUUCAGCGCGGCAACAUCCUGAAGCUCGAUCCAGAUGGUGUGAUUCAGCAGGCGACGCAUGGUACGAAGCGCAUGGCGGAUGAAGAAAUUCGCGCCUACUACGGUGACGAAAAGCGCUGGGAAGUGACGAACGAGUAUUGUGAAAAUAUGCUGGUCGCCUGGAACGGACCACUGGCGGAGCAGAUACGGACGGUUCUGGACUAUUUCGAUAUUUCCGCGACGCUACUGUUCGGUCGCGUCAUCGAUACGCUCGACGAGGAUGCGCACGAACGGAUCGGCCGGUACAACGUGUGGCCCGACAUCCUGGACGGGCUGGUGUAUAUGUACUCGCGCGAACAUUUCGGUGCUAACAUCGGUGGCUACUUCGAGGCGCUGAAGGCCAACCCGGAGCGGUAUCUGCAGAAGGCUUCCCCGGAGCUGAUCCAAUGGAUGCGGGAGCUGAAGAAACACAAAACCACCUUCCUGGUGACGGGUUCACAUAUUGACUUUGCCAACUUUACCGCCUCGUACGCGUACGGGCCCGAUUGGCCCGAGCUGUUCGAUGUGGUGGUCGGGUUCGCCAAGAAACCCGGUUUCUUUACCGCUGCUAAACCGUUCGUACGGCUCGAGCAGCACACCGAAACGGAACCACUGACAGCCGGUCAGCUCGAGCGAUACGGUGUGUACUCGCAGGGCAAUUGGCGCGAUCUGACUGUACUGCUGGGCAAGAUUUGUCACAAGGCGGAACCUCGUUUCCUGUACGUCGGGGACAACCUCAUCCAGGAUAUGUACACGCCGUCGAAGUACACCACGGCUGACACGGUGGCGAUCGUAGAGGAGAUGGCCGCGGAGGGUAUGCGCGACUGUGAUGCGGGACAUCCUGAUGCGCCGUACAUUGUGUCAAAGUUCUGGGGCUCGUACUUUACCACGCGCUCCGGGCCGGGUGUGGAAGAUGCGUCGCUGUGGGCGGCUCUUAUCAAGCAGCAUGCCAAAAUCUGCAUACCAUCGAUGGACGAGGUGGCCAAGUACCCGCUGGACCAUUGUUACAAUUGUUUCACCGAAAACGUUACCUGUAACGGGUACUAUCCGGCCGAACCACUCAAGCUGAUCAACAAUUAAUUAUCAAGCAGCAACAUGGAUAAAGAAAUCAGGGCGCGUGCCAUUAGCAGGUUUCUUCUUUAAUGCGUUGUUAAACACGCUUGUAUUUAACAAAGCUACUUUAAAUCAAGUAACUAAGCAGGCUACAACAUGGUUGUAGGUUUUGUUAGGUGGAAAACGAGGCACUUACUUUCGAUUUAAGAGUUUUUAGCCAAAGUAAUGGAAAAUGCUAUAAGCAAUAGAUCCGUAUGCAACAUUGGCGAAGAGAUUUAAAAAGUUUUAUGUUCGCAUAUCGUUGCUUCCUGAACGCAUGGUUGUAUUUUACAUCUGUUAAGCAUAUUAAACAACUCUCCGUCUUUCUAAUUAAAUUGCAUUGAAACAUGCAUCAGACCCCCACAACUAAAUAAGCGAAUGCAAGACAAAGCGUCGUGAUAUUGAUAAGAAUUUCAAGUACACAUGUGUUUCAGAGAGAUAAAUUAAAUUUAUCUCGUAGGUAACCUCCGUUGUGUGUAAUUUAUUAUUGCCAUUUGAUAACGAAAGCCACUAUGUCACCCGCACUGUUGCUCACUGAGGGCACAUUGGAUAGUUGAUUCGGUCGCACUUGCAAGAGAGUCCUAGAAAAUCAGAAUCAUAAAUCUGCACAAAGUGUAUCAGCAGUACCCGUGUUGUGAAGUAUGAAAAGUUGGAACAAACGUUUGUAAGUCUCCCUCCCCAGCGCCCAUGAAUGCAAGUUUGGUUCACCAAUUGUAAGAUUGUAUUGAAAUUAUUAUCGUUCAACGCUGCUGUUUCGAAAAAUGCAUGAAAGCAAAACAAGCUAUAAGAAAAGCUGAAAGUUUUCUCGCAAAGCGAACCAAAAACAAAGGCUUAAAUAAAAAUAAGUCUGGUCAUUUUUGGUAAUAAAAAAUAAUCAUAAAUCUGUAAACGAAGAGAAACAUUUAAAAUGUUCAAACAAUUUAUAUUCCUGAUUUCUAUCGUGUUGCAAGUAGUCCAAAGAAAACAGCAAAGCUUGUUUUGUAUCCUUCGAUGCGUUUUAAUGUCCCUUUCUCCCCAAUGAAAUAUUAAGAUAUUGCCCCAAAUGUAACCGCGUAGCCGUAGAUUACCUCAAAGUAAUGCCAUGCCAUGAAGCAUGUUCCCAGCAAAAAUGGGGCGACCAGAACACGCCCAUCGCGCAAAGUUAAUGAAACAAUAAUUAGAUAGUUAUAAAAGACAACUACGUACCGUGCUGGAUAAACUGUCGAACAAUGCAAAAUAAAAAGAUUAAAAGCAAACGCUGAAAAGAAAAUGAUUUCCAUCGCUUGGUC